AUGUCUUAUUUUCAGAGUAGUUGUCUUCUUCCCGAAGAUAUGCUCAUGGAAAUUUUGUCAUGGCUUCCUGUGAAGGAUGUCGUGCGACUCAAGUGCAUUUCAAAAGGAUGGAACCACCUUGUAUCUGAUUCUGCAUUUGUGAAACUACACCUUAUUAGGUCUCCAAAAAACACUCAUAUCUUAUUGACAUUUGACACAAGAGGAGGUGGUUAUGCCAUAGCUCCAGUACAAGAUUUACUUGACAACCCAUCAUCCACAGUUGAAACUUUACUUCGCAACGAUUUCCCAUACAACCCAUUCAAUCGCAGUUACACUGUCUUGGGUGUCCUCAACGGCUUAGUAUGUUUACAAUUUUCUUGGGUUGAUGAUGAAUUUGAACACCACUGGUUUCAUAUGUGGAAUCCAGCCACAAGGGCCAUGUCUAUAGACUCCCCACAUAUUUCUUUUGAUCACAGCGAUUAUAAAGAUGUUUUCUGGUUUAUGUUUGGAUUUGGGUAUGAUGAAUGGAGCGACACUUACCAAGUUCUGUUUUUGGAUAAUAAUAAAAAUGAAUCGCAGGAACUGAAGGUACGAGUUUGGUCUGUAGGGGAUACUUGUUGGAGAAAUACUUCAAUUUGUGACGCUUUUUCCACCAUCAUUUGUCCUGUAAGUCGUGUAAGUCGUGGAAGUGUAAGUCGUGGAAUUUUUGUGAGUGGUACUUUAAACUGGUUAGCAUUUCCCAAAUCCUACUCUUACUAUGAUAAUGUUAAGAUGAAUCAGCUUGAAAUAUUUUCUUACCAUCAAAAGGAAGAGACAUGCAGAUAUUUUCCUAUGCCUGAUGGCAUUUUAGAAAUCAAUGUUUGUGAGCCUGAGCUUGAGGUUUUGAAAGGUUGUUUGUGUCUUUCUCAUCAUCAUGAAGGUAAUUUUACUGUUUGGCUGAAGAGAGAGUUUAACCAUGAAAAAUCUUGGUCCAAGUUACUGACUUUAAGGUAUGAGGAUCAUUAUAAAUAUCUCAGUCGUGAUUUUCUAUUAGAGUUGUGGAUUAUCUGGAUGUGUGAAGAUGAUGAUGACUUUGUGCUGCUUGCAAACAGAUAUAUAGAUAAACCGGACUUGAUUCGGUACAACACCAGAGAUAAUAGAAUAGAUCGUCGUGAACUUUACAAACAUGAAAGUUCAAAUAUUUUCUCUUAUGAUUAUGCUCCAAGUUUGGUUUUUCCGCAUGUAGAACUACCCUUAGGUUAUUUUAUUUGA